UCCAUUGCUGGUCGUGAAGUCCUGAUCGAAUUGUUCAGUCGUGUAAGAACAAGGUUCUAAGUCUACCAGUCUGUUAGGAUGUCUCAACUACAUACAUCUCUCCACUUUCACUUAACACCUAUAAAUCGCUCAUCUCACCGUGACCUUAUUGUGAAUUCUCGAAACUUCUGUCCUUCAAUUAUCACAGGGGCAGAGAACUCAUCGCGGCUGUGCUACCCGAGGCUUUGGGAAAGUCGGAACAGGAGAGCACUCAUGCUGAUCGCCUGGACUGGCGGUGUUAAUGAAUAUGGGAAGCGUGAUCACGAGUCUACUCAGAAUGAAGCUGAAGACAACGACACCUAUGCUCCUCCUCAUAAAAGACACGAGAAUACCGGUCGUGAUUUUGUCAAGCAGAGUGGAACCCAAAUCGAUUCUUCAGAUAUCGUGAAUUUCAUCAACAUAUCAAAUAUUCAGAAUCAAGCGAUCUUCAGACCGUUAAUUAAUUGUCAUAUCACAAAGCAAAUUUGGAUGGAGUUCAAAAAAAAGCUAGAGUACAGACUUCGGAAACGCCUAAGAGAACUCACAGAAAAUGAUGUCAAUAGUAUGGAACAUGUGUUAGAGAUGGUUGAUUUAUUGUAUCUUCUGAAGAUGUUCAAUAUUUCAGAUCCCAACUUUGAAACUUUUGUCCAAAAGGCUGAUGAUGGGGAAAAGCAGUUGCGUGAAGGUUUGGAUCAGGCAAAAGAAGGGUAUGACAAGCUAAAACUUGCGGUAUCUGACGCGUUAAGAAGCUCCACCCGACCUGACUCAUAUAUGUAUUAAUUCAUUAACUCUGCA